UGGGGGAUGCAAGUCUUAACCGCCGUAACGUAGCGCCAGUUGUAGGCAAUCUCAAGGACUGUCUCAUUUCUCAGUUCCAGUCUCUUCUUUCUUCCUGUCGGAGAAUUUGCGUGGGCACUGAGUAGGCUUCAAACUGUGACCGCCGCCAAUCUUUGUUUUUCUUCAAUCGUUUCAACAUCCCAUUCUUUCCUUAUGAUUUUCCUUUGGCGCACAGUUCUUGUUGAGUAGCCUUGUUGGAAUUGCAUAGAAAUGCAGUUGAGAAGUUUAGUGCUGUGAAAGGGAAAAGGAAGCUGCAGAAGGAGAAAGAAAUAUUUCCCAUGGCAGGCAAGGAAGCGAUGAUCCCUCUUCUUACUCCAUACGAGAUGGGAAAGUUCAACCUCUCUCAUAGGAUAGUUUUAGCACCAUUGACAAGAUGUAGAUCAUACAACAAUGUACCCCAACCACAUGCUGUCUUGUACUACACUCAGCGUGCAACCAACGGCGGUUUCCUCAUUUCUGAAGCCACUGGGGUUGCUAGUACUGCACAAGGUUACCAAGACAUACCUGGAAUUUGGACAAAAGAGCAAGUAAAAGCAUGGAAGCCUAUUGUGGAAGCUGUACAUGAGAAGGGAGCCAUCUUCUUUUGCCAAAUUUGCCAUGCAGGCCGCGCAUCUAAUUAUGCAUUUCAGCCUGAUGGGGUGGCUCCAAUCUCAUGUACUGACAAGGGGUUGACACCCGGCCUUGAUGGACAAGAUUGGUCACCUCCUCGACGGCUAAGGACUAAUGAAAUCCUUAGCUUUAUUAAUGAUUUCAGGCUUGCUGCAUGUAAUGCCAUUGAGGCAGGAUUUGAUGGGGUUGAGAUCCAUGGUGCAUAUGGGUACUUAAUCGAGCAGUUCAUGAAAGAUCAAGUAAAUGAUAGAACCGAUCAAUAUGGUGGAAGUUUAGAAAAUCGGUGCCGCUUUGCUUUGGAAGUAGUUGAAGCUGUGGUUAAUGAAAUUGGACCAGACAAAGUUGGAAUCAGACUUUCACCUUACAGCAAAGGCAUGGAAGCUGGUGACUCCAACCCUGAAGCACUAGGCCUUUACAUGGCAAAUGCACUUAACAAAUUUGGUAUUGUUUAUCUUCACGUAAUUCAGCAAAGAGGGAAGGCAAUUAAAAUAAAUGACAAGUAUGAAACCCCUUAUAGCCUUCUUCCAAUGAGGAAAGCCUUCAAGGGAACUUUUAUUGUUGCUGGGGGGUACAACAGUGAAGAUGGGAACAUGGCUAUUGCUAGUAAUUAUGCAGAUUUAGUAGCAUUUGGACGAUUGUUCUUGGCUAAUCCAGACUUGCCAAGGCGGUUGGAGCUAAAUGCUCCUCUAAAUAGAUAUGAUGAGACCACCUUCUACCUUUCUGAUCCAGUCAUUGGCUAUACUGAUUAUCCAUUUCUAGAGCCUUAAGUCCUAUAUAACCAUUUUUUGACCUUAAAAUACUUUCAAGGAAUGAAAUUGUCAUUCCUAUAUACGUUUUGGACAUGCAUCUGCUGUUAAGAGUACAAAUAUGGUCCAUAUGGAGAUUAUAAGUGUCAGCAAGUAAUUCCAAAACUGGUCAAGGUGAAAAUGUUUUACUUUUAUGAAAUGGAUUCUGGUGUCAUGAAGUUCAUCUGCAAAGCCAUGCUUGAUGUUCCAGUGAUGCAACUCUGAUCUUUUGUCGACUUGGCAUACUUGCCGAACGUGUCUCCCUUUGUGCAUAUAGCAGCCCCAGGACUCCGAAUCUAUGAUCCCCAUCCAUCGAAGGCCAAGAAUUACAGAUGCAUAAACCUAGACAAAACAAUGUGCAGAGAGUUUGGCCAUGGCAGGGGAGCAAAACGUUGACAGGGAAAGCAAGUAUGUAUCUUUAAGGUUAAGAGUUGGCACACUGAUUCAUAUGUAAAGUCUAGUUCUUGCAUCUACUACUCCAUGCUUGUCUUAAUGUUAAAGAGCACUAAAUAUAACUACCCCUUCAGCACCCACAUGCCAGCUACACCCCAUCAUUUUCAUCAAGAACAAUUUAAGAAA